AUGACGUACGGCACGGAAGUCCGUGAAGACACCAACAAGACGAAACGAAUGCUAAGAGUAACAGAUAUGAAAACAAUGAGGACAAUAGUGGGCAACACAAGAAGAGACAGAGUAAGAAACACAGAUGUCGGAGAGCAGUGCGGGAUACAAGAUAUUGUGAUAAGGGAAAAACAACGUAAGAGGCAGUGGUACAACCAUGUAAGACGGAUGGACGAGAACAGACUUCCGAGAAUAGUCCUGGAAAACAAACCGCCCGGCCCAAGACCUCCCGGGAGACCACCUAAAAGAUCGAUAUCUCUAGGUCUACCGAAGCUACCGAAGCGGAACAAGCUUCCAAGUCAAUCGAAGCAGAACGAGCCUCAGAAGGUUACGUCCAACAUCGAAGAUGUAAGGAUUUUUGCCACUAACAAGUGA